CAAAAAAAUGUUUUAAGUGUAACUUUUUAGAUGCGCAAUUAAAUGUAACUUUAAUGUAAAGUACAUGUUUAAAUGUAAAUGGCCUUUAGGGGAGAUGUAACUAACCCAUUUAAGUCAUUCAUAUACAGAGUUACGCUACACCAUUUUCAUCCUUGCGCAUCCUGAACAUCUAUGCCGGUGAAACACACAAUAGCAGGACAAUCACGAGCAGGACGGCCAGAGUAAGUUCCAUUAGCUUCGGAUCCUUUAUCACGGCAAAUAUAUGAGACCACCACCAACAACAACGUCCAGAUUAACAACCUCCUAAAUGGAUAUGCGGCGGAGAUAGAAUUUCUACAGACGGAGUUGCGAAUUUUGUGGUGGCGCAUUUGAACUCGACUUGGCUUGAGUUCAUUGUACUACUCAAACAGCUUAAUGACUUGAAUUGGCUCGACUCGAUAAUCUGGAGAAGUCUCGUGGUGGGUUCCUGAGUAGGGCAUACGUGUCAUUCCAUCAAAUGCAUGCAUUAAGUUAGAAGAUUAAUUAUGGGUUCAAAUACAUACUUUAACAAGUCGCUUUCAAAUUAUAAAUGACUUUUAACGAGUCAUUUCGAGGUCAAACCUGGUAUUGGACCUUAACGAGCUUAAGCCCAAGCCCAAGCCCAAGCCGAGCUCGAUAUUAGAUAUGUUCAACCAAGUUUGACUUAGUGAUACUCGGGUUAACUUAAGAGCACUAUGUGAAAAUGAAACACAACACGCAUUUAAAUUCGGAGAAAUCCCACUGAAAGCAAACUAGUGUACAUGAAAAAGUGAUGUGCAUUUUCUAAAACCAAUAUUAAGAUUUUGUAAUAUAAAUAAAUAAAUUAAUAAUAAAAUAUAAAUGAAAUAAGUCUAGCAUAUACGUCUAACACUUUUUUUAGUUUUGUGCCUUUAACGUAACACUUCUUUUUAGUUUUGUGCCUUUUUAUUAUUUUCCCAAAACUUUUUUUCCUUUGAUUUUUCUUCAAUUUUCUUUUCUAUUGUUUAUCACUCGUCAGCUUCCAAACAUGCCGUAGACCAAGUCCAUGGCGUUUAUAGGUAUAUAAUAAAAUACUCAUAUCUUUCAUCUUUUGUGAACAAUUAUUUACUCCGUAUCUUGUAUUUAACCCCUAAAAUUUCUAUCUACUUCUGGUUGAGACUAAUGGGCAUGAAUAACCAAGAAUGGGUGGCCAUUGAUUUAAAAUAAUCAUAUUCAUUAACAUCAUUUUUGUUUCCACGGAAUCAAAAGAUGAGUCAAACCUAUCUUUGGGAGGUUUGGGUCCAAACUGUUUUUUACAAACUGUGCGGAUUCAAAUCCACCGCCACUUUUUUAUGAUAUGUUUCAUUUUUCUCUGGAGAAUUCAUGGCAUUGCAUUAUUGAGGUUUCUUAAUUAGAUAUCUUCAAAGCUUUGGGCUUUAAGUAAUUCUCAUCGAUUAAGGCUUGGAGGAUGUCCACAAAGAUGAAGGGCCUUCUUAAAGGUCUUAGGUACAUAUCUCAGAUAUUUGAUGAAGAGAAAGAAGCAGAAAUACAGAUUGGUUUGCCUACAGAUGUAAAGCAUGUUGCUCAUAUAGGAUGGGAGGGUGGUCAAUCUGUUGAUAAUCCAAGCUGGAUGAAAGAAUUUAAAGGAGCAGCAGGGGCUCAAUCAGCUCCUUUAGGCCCCUCUGCCGUCCCAAGAGAAAGUCCAGAGAUUAAAUGGGUUUCUCAAGAUUCAAACCGAAGAAAUUCCAGAGGCGAAGUGAAUCUAGACCGGGAUCCCGACUUGCCAAAGGCAUCAAGACGCCAAGCAGCAGCUUCUUCCUCUGAAAAUCCGGAUUCCCCUAGCAAAUCCAAGGCCAAGCACUCCCGGCGAAACCGCUCCAAGGAAGCCGCGUCCGACGCCGCCAAGUCCGAUUGCCCGGCUGCCGGAGAUCUCCCGAAGAAGUCGCGGCGAAAGAAGUCCAAGGACGGCAUCGGCGACGGCGGCUCCACCAGAUCGACGAGAUCGUCCAGGCGCAGCGCUGCUCAGGAACCAGGCCAGCAUGCGGACGCCGAAGCAUCGGUAAGGUCAGUGUACAGUGACAUCGCCGGCGACGGCUCCACCAGAUCUUCAAAACGCGGCGAAGUUGAAUGAGCAGAGUGGGUUACCGUUGUCGUUUCUGUUAAGCAAUGGCAGGAUUGGAAAUUGAGAUUACGUUUUAAUUAAUUAACUAGUGAGGUUUUAAUUUGUGGGAAUUCGAAAUCUGGAUUCCCUUCGACAUAUUUGUUCAUAUUUUUAAAAUUUUAGUUUCUAGUUAAUUGACUUCUAUAAUUAACAAACACCAGAUUUUCCCCACGACUCAUUCCUAGAAUCUUGUACCAAUGUACCAUGUCAAUCGGGCUCCAUUCGUCUCAUUUUGUAUAAUUCUA